AAACAAACAUGGCGUCCACACUCGCUCCUCUGGCGGCGCUGCUGCUGCUGCUGGCGACUGCCGCCGCCGCCGCCGGCUCCUGCCCCGACAGAGAGGCCAAGGCGGACUUCGACCAGACCGCGUUCAUGGGCACGUGGUACAUGCAGAAAGUCGUCCAGACGCCGGGGUACGCCAACACGAAAUGCAACCACCUGAAGGCAUCUUUGGGCGAAAACGACGAAAUAACGCUGAACAUCAUGUACUACAACACCACGAGCUCCAAAGACACCCACGUGGUGGCAACACUGCGCAAGGCUGACGCCGCAGCAGCUGAUGCCAAGUACACUUACUACCGUGAAGGAGUUUUCAGCCAUGAUAAAACAAGCUUCAAGAUCGUGAACACCGACUACACUGGCUACGCUGUUGUGUCUUUCUGUGACCUCCAAAGAGAUUUGAACACGGUGUUCCUGCUGACGCGCAAGCGCAGCCCCGCCGAGGACGAGAUGAAGGCGGCGGAGGCCGCCUUGCCCGCGGACCUGACCUACGUCACCCAGGACCAGGCCGACUGCCCCGAGCACGACCACUGACCACCGACUCCCCCGCGGGGUCGCGGCGUGUGCGCUCGGAUGGCGACCCGACGUUCCCUGCGACGUGAUGCUGUCACGACUGCACAUUUGUUAUAGAUGAUGUUCCUCAAUAAAAUACUUUUACAAAAUAAAAU